AUGGCUUUACUUAGCGACAAGGUAUGCAUUGUUACUGGUGCUACUCGUGGAAUCGGUAAAGGGAUCGCCCUUCAACUUGCGGAAAAGGGGGCAAAGGUCUACAUUACCGGAAGGACGCUGGAUUCCCCGAAAGACUCGAGCAUCGGCGGCUCGUUACGUGACACUGCACGUGAAAUUGAGGCUCGUGGCGGCACGUGCAUUCCAGUUCAGUGUGAUCACUCUAAUGACAAGGAUAUCGAGCAGUUGUUUGAGACUGUUAAACGUGAAAACGAUGGACGGUUGGACAUUCUCGUGAAUAACGCGUAUUCUGCUGUUAACGCUAUAUUUUCAUCCAUGGGUAAACCUUUUUACGAACAGCCAACGUCAAUGUGGGAUACUGUUAACAACGUAGGCCUACGGAAUCAUUAUAUUUGUUCCGUGCUCGCUUCCCGGCUAAUGGUUCCAAGAAAACAAGGACUGAUAGUAAAUAUCUCUUCCGCUGGCGGCCUACGAUACCUUUUCAAUGCCGCUUAUGGAAUAGGCAAGGAGGCGUGCGAUCGCAUGGCGGCUGACUGCGGCUUUGAACUGCGUAAACAAAACGUCGCGUUUGUUAGUUUAUGGCCUGGUGCCGUCGGCACGGAGUACGUUCUUAAAAAAUAUGGAGACAACGAGGCUGAAAAAAUAGACUCUAACAAGGUUCCUGCAGGGAUCCAAGAUAGAAAGAAAUGGUUAGACAUAUUCCAAAAGGGCGAGACUCCGGAGUUUGCUGGACAAUGUAUUGCAGCCCUCGCCAUUGACCCUGACUUAAUGGCGAUGACAGGAAAAAUACUGAUGACGUUUGACCUUAAACAGAGAUACGGGCUUCAGGACACCCCCGGCCAUUCUCCGACGGACAUUCGCUCGAUGAAACGGGGGCUACUACAGGGCGGACACACCUUGAUUUCGGCGCUGACUCCAGGAUUUGUGCGCGUCCCAAAAUGGCUGCUCUCUCUUGGUGGGAGUAAAUUCUGAAGUUCAAGGACAAAUGACAGAAAUACUCAUCAUAUCCGAAUAGAUGU